AUGGGGUCCUCGCUGAACGGAUUCAUUACCAAAAAUACUGGAGGUUCGAAACACUCCGGUGGAUCUAUCUUUCAGAGAGAACCAGUCGCCAAAUCACAUAGCUCAACGAAAUCCAACCUUUCGUUAGCAAUUCAAACACAGAUAAAUAGUGAGGAACAUAUUCCUAUUCCAAUUCCAGGCUCAAACAGCAGUAAGGAUGCUGACGCUUUGCUAUUAGGUUCAAAUAAAAAUAGCGUUGAUAAUGAUGAUGACGACGAUGAUGAUUACUCCUCCUGCGAUGAAAAGAACGAGGAGAGUGCAAAGGACUAUAAACCGGGAGGUUACCAUCCUGCUUACAAAGGCGAAACCUAUAAAGAAGGUAGGUAUGUGCUUGUUCGGAAGCUCGGAUGGGGUCACUUCUCUACAGUAUGGCUCGCCAAGGAUACAGAGACUGGCUCUCAUGUUGCCAUGAAAAUUGUGCGGAGUGACAAAGUUUACACAGAGUCCGCACUAGAUGAAAUCAAAUUGUUACAAGGAGUCAACCCUCUUCAAAAUCAAAGUUUCUCUGAACAUAAAGGAUCGGCGCAUAUCUUGAGGUUAUUGGAUAAUUUCAUCCAUUCCAGUGUUAAUGGCGAACACGUCGUUAUGGUUUUCGAAGUUUUAGGUGAGAACUUGUUAGCAUUAAUCAAAAAAUAUGAGCACAAGGGCAUACCGAUAGUUUAUGUCAAGCAAAUAGCAAAGCAGCUAUUGUUAGGUCUUGAUUAUAUGCAUAGGAAGUGUGGUGUAAUUCACACUGACAUAAAACCAGAAAAUGUUUUAAUGGAAAUUGGCGAUGUGGAAGCCAUAGUGAGAAUAGUAGAAGAAAUGGAUCAAGUGAAAAGAGAACAAAGAAAGCUUCAAAGGAGGGCUUCGAGAGCACAUUUGGAGAAUAUUUCGAGACAUAAUUCAUUCAACACUGCUUUUGAUAAUCCAUCUAUAUCAGCUAGUUCGUCAUCCACUACGAUCAGAUCUCGUAGACCUAGGCGGGCCACAAUUGUCACGGGUUCACAACCCUUACCAUCCCCCCUUGCAUCGUCAAGCUUUCUUGAAUUGAAAUCGCAUAUGUUUGGAAACACUACAGCAAGCAUUUCAAGACAGCAAUCUUUCUGUGGGAAAUCAGGACAGCCUACAUUACAAAACAAUAACUGUAAUACUACUAAUACACUUCUUACAGAACAAACUUUAACGAAUAACACUAAUGCAACUAGUGCAGCAACAACUACUCUGACUUCUCCUGUUGGUCAGAAUAGUAAUGCAAGCAUUUCACGCUUACACAACUUGUUAAGUACGGAGAAUAAGGACGUGAAUAGUUCUUCUGAACAAUUGGCACACUCAUUUUCCUCGAUGGAGAUUGUGGACAACAAAGUCCCUGGCGAUGAAUCCACGAAGGAAGCUGCUUUUAAUACUUCAAUUAACGAGAAUCGGCCUGAUGUAAUACAGGUGAAAAUAGCAGAUUUAGGAAAUGCAUGUUGGUACGACGAACAUUACACCAAUGCAAUCCAAACAAGAGAGUAUCGUUCACCAGAAGUAAUUCUAGACUGUUCUUGGGGUGCCAGUGCAGAUAUAUGGUCUUUUGCCUGCUUAAUAUUUGAGCUUCUCACAGGAGAUUUCUUGUUUGAACCACAAAACGGUCACUCAUAUACAAAGGACGAUGACCAUAUUGCGCAAAUCAUAGAAUUACUGGGCAAUAUUCCAGAGAGUCUAAUGACGACCGGCAGAGCCGUUAGAACUUUUUUCACGUCCAGGGGAGAGUUGAGAAAUAUUUCAAGAUUAAAGUACUGGCCAUUGAAGAGUGUUUUAAUUGAAAAGUACAACAUGGCGCCAAAGGAAGCAGAGGAAAUUUCAGAUUUCUUACUGCCAAUGCUAUCGAUAGAUCCAAGGAAAAGAGCCGAUGCAGGAGGCAUGCUGAAUCAUCCAUGGCUAUCUGAUACCUUGGGAAUGGAGGAUAUUACAAUUCCAGAUAGAAAAUUAUACCAAAGCGGAGCUGAUAUUCCUGGCUGGUAUAAAGAGGUUCAAGGCCAUCCAAAGCAUUGA